AAGCCAAGACUAAGGGAGGCUGUGGUAGGUGUGGGCCGCCCCCCACCCCACCCUAAGUGACCAUGGAUCCUGGAGCCGGGCCAGAGUCAUCGCUGACCGUCAAUGAGCAGGUCAUCGUGAUGUCAGGCCAUGAGACCAUCCGCGUGCUGGAAGUUGGAGUGGAUGCCCAGAUCUCUGCGGAGGAGGAGGGCAAAGGACUGGAGGGCGUCGCUGCCGAGGGCUCCCAGAGCAGAGGCCCUGCCGAAGCCAGUGAACCAGCCCGUGACGCUGGGCCAGACAACCCAGACUCCUCUGCAGAGGCAACUGUGAAGUCUCUCCCGGGGAUCCCUCCGAGCCCCGCCCCUGCUGUUGCCACCUUCAGCCAAGCCCCAAGCCAGCCUCAGGCAUCGCAGACCUUGACACCACUGGCUGUACAAGCUGCCCCCCAGGUCUUGACUCAGGAAAACUUAGCCACAGUUCUGACAGGAGUUAUGGUUCCAGCAGGGGCGGUUACUCAACCUCUUCUUAUCCCCAUCAGUAUUGCAGGUCAAGUGGCUGGUCAGCAGGGGCUGGCCGUGUGGACAAUUCCUACAGCAACCGUGGCUGCCCUCCCAGGACUGACAGCUGCUUCUCCCACGGGGGGAAUUUUCAAGCCACCUUUAGCCGGUCUGCAAGCAGCUGCCGUGCUGAACGCCCUCCCGACACCCGUACAAGCUGUCCCGCCGGUCCAGGCCUCCUCACCUGCCCAGCCCCGGCCAGCGGCCCAGCCCCAGACGCUGUUCCAGGCCCAGCCGCUGCUACAGACCACCCCGGCCAUCCUACCGCAGCCCCCCGCUGCCACCGCUACCGCCCCCGCCCCCAAGCCGGUGGACACCCCCCCACAGAUCACCGUCCAGCCAGCAGGCUUCGCGCUGAGCCCGGGAAUUGUUAUUGGAGCACUUCCGUGGGUCGUGAACUCGGCUAGUGUGGCAGCCCCAGCACCAGCCCAAAGCCUGCAGGUCCAGGCUGUGACACCCCAACUGCUGCUGAAUGCCCAGGGCCAGGUGAUUGCGACCCUGGCCAGCAGCCCCCUGCCUCCGCCCGUGGCUGUCCGGAAGGCAAGCACGCCUGAGUCCCCUGCUAAGAGUGAGGUCCAGCCCAUCCAGCCCACGCCAGCCGUGCCGCAGCCUGCUGUGGUCAUCACCAGCCCAGCCCCGGCGGCCAAGCCGUCGGCCUCUGCUCCCGUUCCCAUCACCUGCUCCGAGACCCCCACGGUCAGCCAGUUGGUAUCCAAGCCACACACCCCAAGUCUGGAUGAGGACGGAAUCAACUUGGAAGAGAUCCGGGAGUUUGCCAAGAACUUUAAGAUCCGGCGGCUGUCCCUGGGCCUCACGCAGACUCAGGUGGGUCAGGCUCUGACUGCAACGGAGGGCCCAGCUUACAGCCAGUCAGCUAUCUGCCGGUUUGAGAAGCUGGAUAUCACGCCCAAGAGUGCCCAGAAGCUGAAGCCGGUGCUGGAAAAGUGGCUGAAUGAAGCUGAACUCCGGAACCAGGAAGGGCAGCAGAACCUGAUGGAGUUCGUGGGAGGUGAGCCCUCCAAGAAACGCAAACGCCGCACCUCCUUCACCCCCCAGGCCAUCGAGGCUCUGAAUGCCUACUUCGAGAAGAACCCACUGCCCACCGGCCAGGAGAUCACCGAGAUUGCUAAGGAGCUCAACUAUGACCGUGAGGUCGUGCGGGUCUGGUUCUGCAAUCGGCGCCAGACGCUCAAGAACACCAGCAAGCUGAAUGUCUUUCAGAUUCCCUAGGGCUCGGCCCUCAGCCCUGUGUUCCAGCACUUUGUACUUUUCCCUUGGCCCCUGGCUGCGGCCACUGCCAUGACAGCACCUGUCAUUCUGCCA